AUGCUGCGCUGGUACCAGAGCAAGUUGGCCAAGAGGCCCAUUCUCACUGCCAGCAUCACCAGUGCUGUGCUGUUCGGCAGUGGCGAUGUCCUCGCUCAACAACUGGUGGAUAAGAGAGGCCUCGAGAAGCACAACUUUGCACGCACUGGGCGCAUGGCUCUCUAUGGAGGAGCUGUCUUCGGUCCUGUUGCAACAAAGUGGUUCGGCGUGCUUCAGCGCCAUGUCGUCCUGGGAAGCACCGCCACCACCACCAUCGCCCGCGUCGCUGCGUGCUGCGAUCAGAUAGUCUUUGCGCCUGUCCAGCUAUCCUUCUUCUUGUCCUCGAUGGCGAUCAUGGAGGGGACUGAUCCAGUGGAGAAGUGGAAGAACGCCUUUGGCCCUGCAUACAAGGCCAAUCUGAUGGUGUGGCCCUUUGUCCAGGGGAUUAACUUCGCAUUUGUGCCCCUCGAGCUUCGGGUUCUGGUCGUCAACGUCGUCAGCUUGGUCCCACCUCAUCUCUCCUCCACUUGCCCGCUCCAGUCCGCCCGAUUGUUGCGCCUUCCGCACUCGAAAAUCUUCCCCUCCGCCGCCUUUGCUUUCAACGGCUCCCGCCUCCCCUUCAAUCUUUCCUUUCUCUCCAUUUCCGCCUUUCCACAUCCUCAACCCACCAUGGCGGCUGUCGCAGAGAAUGGUCACGCCGUGACCGAGGAGAACCCCGCGCCCGCGGUCGCUGCUUCGACCGACGAGCCCGUCACCGUUUUCCACAACCCCGAGAACUUCAACGUGAAGCACCCGCUUAUGCACGAGUGGACUCUUUGGUUCACCAAGCCUCCAUCAGGAAAGGCUAAUGCUUUUUCUCCUGUGUUUAUCAAGGGCGAUAACUGGAACGAUCUGCUGAAGGAGGUUGUUACAUUCAGCUCCGUGGAAGAAUUCUGGGGCAUUUACAAUAACAUCACACCGACCUCCGAGCUGGGCCUCAAGGCCGACUAUCAUCUCUUCAAGAAGGGCGUUCGGCCCGAGUGGGAAGACCCUCAGAACAAGCACGGUGGCAAGUGGUCAUAUCAGUUUAAGGACAAGCGAUCUGUUCCCAUCGACGACCUGUGGCUGCACGCCCAGCUGGCAGCCAUCGGCGAGACCCUCGAGGGCGAUGGCGACAACGAGGUCAUGGGAGUUGUUGUGAAUGUGCGCAAGGGCUUUUACCGUAUUGGUCUGUGGACUCGCACCGUGGGCAAGAGCAUUCCCGGUGAUAAGGCCACUCGCACGCCUGCGCAGGGCAAGGAUAUCUUGGAGGCGAUCGGUCGGCGGUUCAAGGAUGUCCUCCGUCUGAAGGAAGCCGACGUGGUCGAAUUCUCCGGUCACACCGACAGCGCACACAGUGGCAGUACCCGUGCCAAGGCCAAGUACACCGUUUAA